AUGGAAGAGCAAUACGACGCGAUUGUGUGUGGAACCGGGCUUAUCGAGUGCGUGCUCUCCGGCCUGCUCUCGAUGAGCGGUUAUAAGGUUCUUCACGUCGAUCGCAAUUCGUACUAUGGUGGCGAAAGCGCCUCGCUGAACCUCGAGCAGCUCUACAAGAACUUCAAGAAGGGCCCCCCGCCGGCCUCCUUGGGCAGCAGCCACCUCUACAAUGUUGAUCUCAUCCCCAAGGUUCUAAUGUGCGCGGGUGAGCUUGUGAAGAUCCUUCGCGCGACGGUGGUGGAGCGAUACAGCAUGGAGUUCAUGCUCCUCGACGGCUCGUUUGUUGUGAAGGACGGCUCGAUUGCGAAGGUGCCAGCAACGGAUAAGGAGGCGUUGAUGUCGCCGCUCAUGGGCUUUUUUGAAAAGCGGCGGGCGGCCAAACUUUAUUCGUUUAUGACCUCCUACAAGGAGGAUGAUCCACGUACACACAAGGGCUACAACCUCAAGACCAUGACCAUGCAAAAACUCUACGACGAGUUUGGGAUCGGCAAGGAUACGAUCACCUUCGUCGGGCAUGCCGUAGCGCUGCAGACUAACGACGACUAUCUUUAUCAACCCGCCUACAACACCGUCAUGCGGUGUAAGCUGUAUGAAGACAGCUUUAACAUGUACUCUACCUCCCCUUACGUGUAUCCGCUCUAUGGGUGUGGGGAGCUGCCGCAGGCCUUCUCGCGACUUUCCGCCGUUUACGGUGGAACUUACAUGCUCCAGACUCCUGUUGAUAAGGUUAACUUCGACGCGAACGGGGUCUUUGAGUCCAUCGAGCGUGAGGGCAAGAAGGCACACGCGAAGUUCGUUGUGGGCGACCCGUCGUACUUCCCAGAUCGCGUCCGGGUGGUUGGGAAGGUGAUUCGGGUGAUCGCGAUCAUGGAUCACCCCAUCCCGGGGCUCAAGACCCCCGCCAAGUCCUGCCAGAUCAUCAUUCCCCAGAGCGAGUUGAAGCGCAAAAAUGAUAUGUACAUCCUUCAGCUGUCGGACGAGAAUAAGGUGUGCCCACCUGGAAAGUACAUCGUCAUUAUCGGCACUGUCGUGGAGAAUCUGAGCAACCCGGAGGCGGAUGUGCUUCCCGGACUUCGAUUGAUCGGGCCUAGGCUUGAAACUUUUACUUCCAUAUCAAAUCUCUACGAGCCGAUGGAGGAUGGCAGCACCAGUCGGUGUUAUAUCAGCAAAAGCUACGACGCGGCGACACACUUUGAGAGUGCUGCUGCGAAUAUUCUGGACCUUUUCAAGGCAAUACAUGGAAAACCUUAUGAUUUUGAAAGUAUCAAGGACCCCGGUUGUGCUCGCUAA